UCUCAACCAGUUAGAUUUAUUAAAAUGAAAUAAAGGAAGCAACCUUAUCAACUUCAACCAACCAAAGAGUUUUUUUAGCAAAAAUUGUGUUAUCUAAAACUGUUUGGCGCCCUCUAAUUUACUUCUGUGAGCAUAGUGGAAUUUGUUUAAAAUGAUCAAGGAACAUCAACUAUUUAAACGCACAGGUUCGAUUUACUCGCGUACAAUCAAUCAAGUUUCUGUGAACGUUGCAAUUAGCGAGCAUCGUUAACUGGUGUUCACUGAUCUGUCACAUUGACCAUGAAGGAAGAGACUAAAAAUAAUAUGUAUGGAUGCAUUGCAGUUGUUGGUGCAAUUUUGAUCCACUUUACUUUCGGAUACUUUUACACUGUUGCCAAUAUGGUUCCUUAUAUUAUGGGUUAUAUGCAAACGUUAGUAGACACCAGUCUUACCAGUCAAGCUUCUAUUUGGUUGUCAGCAGUUGCUCUGGGAGUCCAGGGGAUUUCUAUGCCAGUUGGCGGAAUUAUAGCUAGCAAGUUGGGAUUUAGAUGGUUGUUGCAUUGAGUUGUAUCACAACAAGCGGGGGUGUUAUACUGACCUACUUUACUAUUCAGAAGUCUUAUAUUGGUGUGGUUAUAACCUACUCAGUCUUAUUGGGAAGUGGUUUGGGACUUGGAUACUCAGUAGUAUUGGCAGCUGCAUCCUCGUGGUUUCCAAAACGCCGUGGACUUAUUGUUGGACUGGUUGUUGGGGGAUUUGGUCUAGGAGCACUAGUCUUCACUCCAAUUCAGACGGCAUUAAUAAAUCCAAAUAAUGUACAAGUGGACAGUGUUACCAGAAAAUUUACCGAUCCCGAUGUGCUAGAUCGUCUGCCGCCAGCGUUUCUUAUACUUGGUGGCAUUUUGCUGACAAUUCAAGUCGUUGGCUUUGGACUGCUGCGUCCAAAACCAAAGCCAAAAUGUACCACGAAGUCUAAUCCAUGUAAAGAAGGAGAUAAUCCAAGUACCAAUCCAAAACGGGAACACCCAUCAGAUGAGGAAUAUAAGUCAACAAAAAAUAAUGAGAUUAAUAUCAGUCCAAGACAAGUCUUUCGUUAUAUUGACUUCUAUCUCUUAUGGUUAAUAAUGUUCUGUGAUAUAAUUCCAGUUACCAUAAUUACCUCAGCUUACAAGAUGUUUGGUCAAAAAUACAUUAGUGAUGAUAGAUUCCUGUCAGGUGUGGCUACUGCGUCGGCACUUUUUAACGCUGCAGGACGUGUGAUGUGGGGAGCAAUUGUCGAUCGCAUUUCCUUCAAGAUACCAAUGUGUACAAUGCUGCUGCUAUGGUCUUUCAUUCUGAUAACGUUCCCGCAUAUCUCUUUGUUCACCGGCACAACACUGAAAGUUUUUUAUACUAUAUGGGUAUUACUUCUAUUUCUAUCUCUAAGUGGCACAUUUGUUAUUCAACCAGCAGCAACUGGAGCUCUCUUUGGUCCUGUUCAUAUGGCUGUUAAUUAUGGUUUAAUAUUUACUGCAUUUGUAAGUGAUCAUUAUCUUUCUUAUUGUUUGAUUCAGUAAUCGUAAUACACGUGAUACUUAUAUCAGGUACUUAUAUUUUCACUCUUAUUCUACUUAGUAUAAACGUCCGUCUUCAUUUAUCUGUUAGCUUCACUAAGGUUCGUGAAAUUUGAAUGACACGCUUAGCAACAUAAGAGAAAAAUUGAAGCUCAUACUAAUUGAGGCAGUUAGCUGUAUUAAAUGGAUAACUAUCAGGUCUACAAGGAGGUUUAAGGUGGUGUUCAUACAGUCACGGUACUAACAUUUUCUUAACUUAUGUAUGAACAUUAACUGAUUAGUACACGGAAAUCAUUUGGUGCCAUACUUUUUGUUAUUGGAUGAGUUGAAAAGCAUAUAUCUUUUGAUUUUCUCUUCUAUUACCUGCAUAAUCUGAUUGUUUUGUAUGUGCGUGGUUGAAGUUUGCUUAUCCUCUGCAAUGAUGAGCAGCCAUUCAGUAUAAAAAAGACAAACUUGUGGUUAAUUAGUGCAUUUUCAAGGUAGAUUUUAUUAAGCACAGUGAAAUGUGUGAAAGGGAAGUCAUUAUUUAGAAAAAUCUAAACACUUUAAUACAAAGUUGACUUCAAUCACUGAAUACAAGAUUAUUCAAAGAAAUUAGAGUGAAGUUCCUGUUCUUACCAAAGGCAGCUGUUUGGUGACGGCUUGCAAUUAAAAUAACCCUAAACACUUGGAUAACUUAAGAUUUCUUAUUUUAUAAAAUGUGUUUUGAAGCUACUGCAAGCAUUUAAGGUCUAACUUUUGACUACAGCUCACUUUACUUUUUAUGACAAUACUAUAACUUGUGUUUAUUACAUCUAAAACAUUUUUCAAAGGCAUUUGGAAGUUUGUUAUGCGCAUUGGUGACAACAUUUGUGAGUUCGAAAAAUGCAUACCUUGUUCAGUUCACUGCAUGUGGCCUGAUUUGUCUAUUUGGUAAGUGAUGAAAAGUCAUUAUUUCGCUUAAUUUUAAGGGGAAACUUGUAUUUUUUCCAUUUUUUUAGACCGACAGCUAACUAAUAGGCGUAUAUACAGUUAGAAACUUAGUUAAGAUUCGUCAAAAAUCUGUUAGGAGUUGUACAAAGCUGAAAAAAAUAGUUGAUCUCCUAAGCACCUGGAGUACGCUUUCCUAUCUAGUGUUAUAUAAAGUAGAUAUUGAGUUUCCUAUCAGUCAAUUAGACCGGCUUAAUUGUUUGGCCGCUGUUUCGCGAACAUGUUAGGCUAAAAUGACAGCUUAAGUACCGUAACGAAAUUUGAUCAGUUUAUGCGUCCAGGAUAGUUGAGAAUCAUUGAUUUUCACUAUUCACAGUAGUGUUUAUAUUUUUAUGUUUUAUAAAACGAACAGUAAAAUACUUUCUCAGUGAUAUAAUCUAUCCAUCAUGAAACAAUUAUUUGAAGUACAGCUUUAAGGAAAACAAGUUUGUUUAAUUCAUGUAUAACUAACUCACUAUUUAUGGUAAACAGUUAAUUGUGCAUUUAAGAGUUGUUUACACUUAACAUUGAAGUAGAAACGCAGAUCUCAUUCAUGAUACUUUAACACGUUAUUAGUUCUUAUAAUCCUGAACAACACAAAUAUUGAUAGAAUUAAUUUCACUUCCUUCAUUUGUCAUGAUUGUGGCAUGAAUUCUAUUAAAUCUCUGACCCUUGGUAACCUAGUUGUUUUGGUUUUCAUGAUUAAAUGAGGUGAAAUUUGACUGUCAAACAGCGUGACUUUUGUUGUCUAAGUAUUCUGAAAUGUAAAAUAUCACGUCUGAAGUUCGCUGAUACUAUCAACCAAUUUAUAAGGUCUUAAACGUGUAACUUUUAUUCAUUGCCUAACAUUUCGUGUAGUUUAGGUUAAUUUCAAAUGUGGAAAUAUUCUUUAUUUGGUAAACUGCCUAUAUUCACAGGCAGAACAUUUAACGCAAGUCAAGGUUUUAUAUGAUACAGCAAUAAGGAUAAUGAAUAAAAUAAUACUGAAAUUCGUAUAUAAAGCUUGGGCAGGAAACGAAAAUAACAGAAUACCGACUGCCCAAGUUUUACCACUAUGUCAAAACUUCUGCAGAACAACAUUCUGAUUAUUUUGUUGUUUAAAUUAAUUUGUACAGAUAAGCGCAUAUUAAGAUAUCGUACAGAAAAGAAAUGAUUGAGUGUGAAAGGCUAUGAAGCUGAAGCUCGAGCAUGUUUGAUCAAAUGACACCAGUAAAAUGAAAAUAACGUAAACAAGUUUAGGAUUUAGAUUAUGAUUCUUCACAAACUAAAACAAAUAGAUUUAAUUGCGUUCAGAUUUUCCUGUCGACUGGAAUCGUAAUAAAUGAGACCCCUUGCACAAGAGGUGGCUCUCGUGGAUAACGCUUUGGCGUUUGAAACUAUGGGUACUAGUUUCCAGCCUCGGUGGAAACAUCACUACUCACUGGGGAAUGCAAGCAGAUCCAGAUGACAAGUCCUAAAUAGGACAAAAUGUGCAUCCUGGAUUCUACUGCUAGUCACCAUCCACCCCUAAAAAAAAUAGAGGUAUGGGUAUGUGGGUAAAUGGGUAUCUAAGAGAAUGAAUUGAAAAGGACAAUGACAUCUCAAAUUGUUUUAAAUAACAUUCCAUGCUACAACACUGAUUGUAAACAAGUGUUGCGAGAUGCCUUUAGUUCCACGGAAGUCCAAUACGGUAUCGUUAUUGAAGACAAAUGAAGUAGGAUGAUCACAAAUGUCAUGUAAAACAAUUUUUCUACAAGAAACGUCUAUAUCCGGUCGCUUUAGGUAUGUAACUCAAAUAUUACAGAAAGUAGCUUAUGAAGAUAUGGUCACCAUAAAAUGUCUGUCAUUUCAAAUCUUUAUGAAAUAUUUACCGUGAAAGCUGUACUUGGACGCAGUAAUACUGACUUCAUUUUUGGUUAUUUCGUGUACAAAAGCCAACUCUUAAAGCAAGCGAUUCCUCGUCUUUAGACGAAAUAUCCAAGAUUUUAAUGAAAUGUAAUAAAUGUUUGAAUAGAAGCAGCUCGAAUUUCAUUAUUCUCCUAUCUUUGGCCUUUCCUUCCAUUUUAAAUAGCAUUCUGCCUUGCGUUAUGGAUUAAUGACCGAAAGAUGCCUAAGCGCGUUAACUUUUGCCAAUUCUGCACAAAUGCUUGUUCAAGUCUAAGAAUUCCUGAAGUGGUACCAGCUUCUGCUGAGGAGUUGGAAAAAUUGAAUCGACCUAACGAAAAAUCUUCAGUGAAAUGUGAAGAGGCUUAAGAGAGAAAAUUUAACCUUAAUGGUUUUUAAUCAUGGUCCCUACCUGACAAUCUUUUUAAUUUUUGUGUUUUAUAACUUCACAAUUUGGAAAUAAUUUUUGUGUUGUGGAAGUGAUUACCUUCCAAUUAAUCUGUCAGCUUCACCAUCCCUAAGCCUAAUUGACACUAAGAAGAGGAAAAUUCUUCUAAUAUAACCAUUGGUCUUCGCUCUUUCUUUUUCUUGAUCUCUGAUACUUACUGUUUGAUACUAAUUUUCAGCUUGUUUUUUAUCUGUUAUUGUUUGUUUAUUUUAGCUACUAUUUUGUAUAUAUCUAUCAGAAUGGUUAGAAUUCAUUUGGACUGGAUCAUCUGCAGGUUGUUAUGCCCAGAUGCUAAACAGGGAAUAUUUCCUAUUCUGAUUGUUUAUCUCAUUAAUGUGUAAUUGUAAAGAUAUUUAAGUUUGAUGCACAGGUCAUAGGACCUGACAUAAUUAUGUAAAUACCCAAUAAAUCAACAGAGCAGUUAUUAGGGGUUGGAAGUUGAUUUUGUACACUCGAUUCAACAUUUUGUAGAACUAAAGACACUGAAAUGCAAAUACAGCUUCUGGUUCCAAUGAGGAUCCAAAGCGCAAUUUGGAUUUCACUCUCUACCGACAUUACAUGUAUGCAGGUUAUUGUUUGGGUUAGCUUGUUAACUGGUCUUCUAUGACUGUGUGGUUCUUGCUGCUCAUGUUCAAUCGUAUGAAAACUAUGAAAGUAUACUGGAUGAUCUAAAGGGCGUUUGUGAAUUUCAGCCACACACCACUAAAAUUUAUUCUUUCACUUUCUGUGUGCUAUACCUUAUAUCACUAAUUAUAAAGUAUUUUAAAAAGCAUGAAUUAUUGUUUAAAAUCGUCAAAUAUUUAGGUUCUGAAGACGAAACAAGAUACGGUGAAUAGAAAGCAUACUCUUAGUAAGAAUAGUGUAAUUGUGCCACGUGAAAGUUUGCAAUCAGGGACAGUGAUUUGUUGUCUGGGUAUUCCGAUAGGAGAAAUUCUGUCAAAGCGUUGCAUAUGAUGUUAAUUUUGCAAAGAUUGUGAAAAGUGGCACUUUUUAGCAAUCUUGCAUAUACUGCUUGUAAAAAUAGAAAUACUUUCUAAGGAAAUCGAUACUAAAGUGUGUCUCAUUAAGAAAAAGAAGGGAAUUUAGUCUCAAACUGGUUUUACAAGACUGAGUGACGAAGUUGCUGUAUAUAUACAUUGAUUGUUUCUGGCCUGUAAAUCUUCGAUACUACAGGUUGAUGAAUAAUAAAAAUUCUAAUUUAAAAUGGAAGGCGUAAGAAAACCAAUAAUUCGAAAAGAGCAAAAAUGGAUUCUGUAGUUUAUUUUGGUGUUGUCUAAUAGUGAAGUCAAAGAUGAUUAUUUUAUUUCAUUAGCUAGAGACAUUUGUAUCAAUGAGUUUGAAGUCUUUCGUUCACACAUCAUGCAUAAAAAAUUAUCACACUCUUCAAGGGUAUACGCUAACGUGGUAAAAAAUAGAUUUAAUGAAACUCCAGAAGAUUAAAUCAUACAUAAGAAAGAAUAAUUGAUUGAAGAUUGGUGGUUAUUUCUAGAAUCUGGAAAAUCACAAAGAUUAAAUAUAUAUCUACACCAAUGAGAACGAUUUUCAGCGGUGUUACGAACAUUCUCAAAGCCCUGAUUUUUUGACUCCUGAUUAUCUGAGCCAAGUAGUCUACACCUCUUUGAGAACUCAGACCAACAGUUAAAGCCUUCAUUGACUGGUGAGCUAUGUUGUUCUGAUCACCUUAUUCUGUAUCAACUAGCACCGCUCGUUAAGGAAGAUGACGUGAGUAAUGGGUGUUCGCGUCACCUCAUUCGAUACUACUUCGCACAGCUAUUGACUGAGGUUCUCUGAUUACCACACACAUAGCCCAAUCUUUUUAUUAUUGACCAUAUCGCCUACACAUAAGGCGAGAGAAUAGAUGGAGAAAUUCAUGGUCUGAGGCCGUUAAACUUUUCAUAUCUCUCAUCGUAAACAGUCAUAUCUGACAGUGGUAAAGUACGAGGAAGUGAAUUGCUGCACAAAACACAUAUCCUCAAGCAGACAAUCGGAUAUCAUAUCAGUACCAAAGCUGAUGCAAGUUAGUGAGUGCUGAAUAGAUCUCUUUAUCCAUUCUAUAUUUUGGUCACUUGUCAAAAGGUGUAACUUCCCAGUGAAGUGGAGUGGUCAACACUUUCAGCAGUUUUACCUCAUGUCCUUAAAACGAACGUGGUGCAGGUCAUUCUUGGAAUAUCAUCUCUAAUUUAACAGGCAUUAGUAACAUGAGAAAUUCACACUUUUGCUGACACUGUUAGAAAGUUUCUGCAGUUCGUUCUACGCACAAAGACAAUGCAUCUGUAUGCUCUAGAUCAGCGACAUUCUUCCAUAAUUAAAAACCAAAUUUUGAGACACGGAAGUUGGCAACGGUUCUUCAUCCCUUUAGAGUUAAUUUAAAUUAUAAUGGUGAAAGUGGGUAGCCUUGAUGCCUUAAAAUUGCAGCAUGUAUUCGAAUGAAAUGCCCUGAUUAGUGCAUUACACUGUUCCAGCGUUCUGCUCACAGCCAGAUAUUGUCACAGCACUUUUAGUUCAGCACGCUGAAAUCCCUCUUUCAGGUCAACAAAUAUGGUAGGCAUCGGAUGCUGGUAAGUAUACUUAUGUUUCGGAACGCGUCAAAGGAUGGAAGUAUGAACAAUAAGCCCCUGUUCAAGGUAGAAACUAUCCUGAUACUCUUGAGCUCUGAGAAUUCUCCAAAGGACUAUGGAACUAAAAAUCCUGGAUGCUAUGCUAGCCAUUCUAAUGCCACUGUAGUUAACACAGGAAGCGUUGUUCCCUUUAUUGUGAACUAGGAUGACCAAGAAUAUACUCCGUUUCAAUGAAACCACCUCCAAAUCUCAUGCCAUAGCUAGUAACAGAUAAUCUAACCAUUAAUUCAUAACCACCAUUCUUAAGUACUUGUGGAAUCACAUCAGUAGGUCAUACUAAUUUGCUUCUUUGUUAAAGUAGAGAAAUCUAUUAUAAUCUUGACUGAAACAGGAGUGCUGAUAUCUGCAUCCUAUCCAGAUACGAGUUAGAUGGUGGGGAAAUGAAGUUUUGAAGCAAACUAAUUCAAAUGCAAAACCUUAUGGACAUGCAUACUGGGAAAUCAAAAUGUCCCCUUACCAGGAGGUCAUAUCGCUAAGAAAUAUUUGAGUAGUUCAAUUAAUGUUACCAUCUGCAUCUAUGAAUCCCUCCAAAAAAGCACUUGGGAUUUUCUCCAACUCAUAGAAAUAGUUAUUUUCACGCAACACACAUUUUAUGAUGAUUUUCUAAAUCACUUACAAUACAUUUUGCUAAAGUCAUUUAAAAUCAUCACCUGUUAGGCUGAUGAUGGUUACUUUUAACAACCCUGCAUUUGAGAUUCUCUAAACUACACUAUUUUCUUCACUGUCGUUUUAUUAUUAAAUCUUUUGUAACCACUGUAAUUUUAGAUGAAAACCUGGGAGAUUAGAUGAUAUUAUUUCAUGAAGCUAAUUCAUUAUUACUUGCUUUAUAAAAAAACAUUACUGCGUUGAUCGCAACCAAGUGGUUAGGACUCUCGCCGACCAUGCACAUGGUCUGGGGUUCGAGCCUACGCCGACGCACACCUGAUAUCUAUGGUCGGCCUGCGAAAUUUUGGGCUACCGAUAUCCAUGCUGAAAAUUCCAUACUUGUACCAUAAAUACGGUGUGGAAUCAAGCUGU